AGUAUGCGAAAUUCUGCGUGCGCACUGUUCAUGAAAAUACAGCCUGAGAAGAAAAAAUUACAGACCAUACCCUAGUUAUCUGCUUAGAUAGAUAAUUUCUUUUGAGGAAUCAACGUAUUUAGGUUAAAAUUUCUGGCAUGAGCCAGACUGAGGAAAGUGCCUAUGGCAGACCAACCUGAGGAAUCUAGUAGGGGGUCAGAACAUCGCCACGUCCCAGGGGUGUCAGUGCAUCAUUCAAAGUAUACACAACAAUUUCCAGAAGACAAGAAAUCUCGCGCAACGCGAGGAAACAAAAGAAGAUCUUCAUCAGCUGUUGAAGGUCACUCAACAAGUAAAAGCAGUAAACUCACAAACGAUCCUACUGAGUCUGCUCGAUCUCGCAGAAAUUCACUGGACUCAGUUGGUAGUAGCUCAGCGAGUACUUCAACUCGUCUCUCGUCCAGGUGCCAUUCUAUUGAUCUGCCAAUUGAACCAUACGCAAUAUCUCAGAACUUGCGUUCCAAUUCUAACGCGUCUGUGAUAGAAGGAAUACCUUACUACAAAACAAAGGAAAAACCUAAAGAGACCAAAAGAACUCCUCAAAGAGCAACAGACUACACCACAAAGAAACAGAAAACCAAAAACAGGGACGAUAAAAACAAACUUCCUACAGAAACAAAAACUGUGAUUGUUGGUUCCAAUAAACCAACUAAGACUGCAGCUAAAUCUGUGACAUCUGGGAGAAAAUCUCACACGCCCUCAUCAAGUGAAACAAACGUUGGGAGUAGUCGUAGAAAAUCUCUUCAAUCAAAGUCGCCCGAGCUUGACAGCUUACGGCGAACACGACAAAGCAAGAAAACGGGAUCCUGUGCAAGUAGCAGCGGUAGUAGGCAAUCGUCUUCCCUCUCGAAGCGCCAAGGAGCCAGUCGGGCUCGAGCGGACAACAGUGAAGGUACAAGCAGUGGGAAAUCGACGACUCAGUCUAGUCGGGGCAGAACAACAGAAACUGAGGCCAGCAGCAGCCAGAUGGCAUCAGAAGAGGGAGAAGGAGGUCGAACAGGGGGGAGUGAGGAGACCCCUCACCUUGCAGCAGCCACAAGUUCAGGUGGAGCAACAGCAAGUCUAGCCAGUGAGAGUGAAACAGAGGAGGCCGACAUGGGGAGACUACAGGCCCUAUUGGAGGCCAGAGGACUGCCCUCUCAGCUCUUUGGGGCCCUGGGCCCUCGUAUGCAUCAAUUACUUCAUCGUACCAUGGGAGGAGGAUCUAUGAACAAAGCCCAGCAGCUUCUUCAAGGUCUUCAGUCCACAGGAAACGAGGACCAACAGUUAACGGCAGCCAUUGAGAUGUGUCAGUUGCUAGUGAUGGGAAAUGAGGACACUUUGGCAGGGUUUCCAGUGAAACAGGUGGUGCCUGCCCUGGUGACCCUCCUACAGAUGGAACAUAACUUUGACAUGAUGAACCACGCCUGUCGGGCCCUGACCUACAUGAUGGAGGCCCUGCCCCGGUCCUCGGCCAUCGUGGUGGACGCUGUGCCCGUAUUCCUGGAUAAGCUGAGGGCUAUUCAGUGUAUGGAUGUGGCUGAACAGUCACUAACUGCAUUAGAAAUGUUGUCCCGAAGGCAUGGCAAAUCCAUUUUACAAGCAGGAGGAAUAGCAGUAUCAUUGAUGUUCCUGGAUUUCUUCAGUAUCACAGCACAGAGAAGUGCCCUGGCCAUCACGGCUAACUGUGUACAGAACAUGACGUACGACGAAUUCCACCUGAUUCGAGAUUCCCUGCAGUUACUGAGCAAUAAACUCACUCACCAGGACAAAAAGUCAGUAGAGAACUGCUGUGUUUGUUUCUGUCGUCUGGUGGACAACUUCCAGACUGACCAGAGGACCCUGAAGGAGAUUGCGGUCCAUGGUUUGUUGACCAACAUACAGCAAUUACUGGUGGUCAGCCCUCCAGUUAUCAGUACCAGCACAUUCGUCAUGGUGAUCCGAAUGUUAUCCAUCAUGUGUGCCAGUUGUCCGGACUUGGCUGUGGUCUUGCUCAAACAAAAAAUAGCAGAUACACUGUGUUACCUUCUUGUUGGAACAUCAGAAGAAGAAAUGCACACUGUGGAGUUGAUCUCAAGAACUCCUCAAGAGCUAUAUGAAAUAGUUUGUCUGAUUGGUGAACUGAUGCCAGCUUUGCCCACAGAUGGAAUGUUUGCAAUAGACAACAUGUUGUGCAAGUCACAUGGUAGCGUGAUUGACCUAGUCAGCUGGCAGUGGCGUGAUGACAGAGGGGUGUGGCACCCAUACACGUCUAUAGAUGGCAAAAUUAUUGAGGCAGCAUACCAGUCUGGUGAAGAUGAAAUGAGUUUGAACACAAUGGGUAGAUCUUACACAAUUGACUUCAACACAUUACAACAAAUUAAUGAGGACACAGGCACAGCCCGAGCUGUCCAGAGGAAAGCCAAUGUUACAACAGGAGGAUCACAGAGUGCAGCUUCCAGCUCCUCGUCUACAGCAUCGGAGAUUAAUCUGGAGCAGUGUGACUCGAGGGCAGAGAUCCUGAAAGAGGAUAUGGAGCUGGCAUCAGUCUUCAUUAAAACUCUGUUUGCCGUACUGUACGAGGUCUACAGCUCCUCGGCUGGACCUACAGUACGACAUAAAUGUCUUCAGACAUUGUUGAGAAUGAUAUAUUAUGCUGAAUCAAAGUUGUUGAAAGAAAUUUUACAAUCUCAGCCAGUUUCAAGUCAUAUUGCUGCAAUGAUGGCAUCCAGUGAUGCGAAAGUAGUUGUGGGGGCCAUUCAGAUGGCAGAAAUUCUCAUGCAGAAGUUGGCAGACAUCUUUAGCGUGUACUUUAGGAGGGAAGGUGUAAUGCAUCAAAUAAAACGAUUGGCUAAUUCUGAUCUGAAGGCGGGGUCUCCUGCUAAGCCCACCCUUAUGACUGCCUCCUCAUCCAGUCUCAGUAGUACCUCAUCUGGGUCAGUUGUCUCGGAGUCGGUCUCCAUGGAGAAGGAAGGUGCUUCCCCUGCUGCUGUCGAGGAAAGCCCCAGCUCCAGUCAGAUGAAACUUAGUGAUGUCCUGAAAAGAAAGAAAGCACCGAAGCGUUCAUUGGGGAGAAAGAGCAAGGAGGAGGGGACAUCAUCCGAAACAAAACCAUCCUCCAGAAGUUCAGGUCGAGCAAAGUCAGCCUCCGGUAAAGAGGGCAAGACUUCCUCCUCGUCUAAAAUCUCCUUCCUUCCGAGCCUCAACCCCCGCAGCUGGGCCAAGUUUUCAUCCAGCGACAGAGUGCCAAAAACAUCUGCAUCAAAGGAUGCAGUUUUAUCGAAAAACUCACAAAUAUCAGCUCACAGAGAAAAAGUUAAAACUUGGAUCAAAGACCAAGCGGACAGAUUUCUGCAGCAGUACUUUGGUCCUGACCCUGAGAGUGUCAAUCAUCCAGCGUUGACCGUACUAAACCAGUUGUGUUCAGCUGCAGAGCAGAUUCAGACCGAGUUUGACAGUGGUUUAGAAGGAUUGAAAAGCAUAGCUGUGAUCAUGAGAGACAGUGAUGUCUCGCCCUUUGAAAUCAUCCACAGCGGACUUGUUCAGAAGCUGCUAGCGUAUCUUACCUCCUCUUCGUGUGUCGUCCCGCACGAUGUCAGAAUCCGACGUUUCUUGCACAUUUUCCUUAAUUGUCCGGCGCCUGAUGUGUUACAUGUGAAUAGGUUGGAAAUGGAGGGAAAUCCUACAAUGUCUUCUCUAGUCAACAAACUCAUUGGAUGUCUUCAUCAGUUAGAACAGUUUCAGGUCAAAGUUCAUGACCUUCCAGGAGGCAGUACGUCCAGUGGGAGAGGAUCUAAUGCUCUCCGAUUUUUCAAUACCCAUCAGCUUAAGUGUAACCUUCAGAGACACCCAGAAUGCACAACCUUGAGGCAGUGGAAGGGAGGACCUGUUAAGAUUGACCCCUUGGCUUUGGUCCAGGCCAUCGAACGGUACUUGGUGAUCAGAGGAUAUGGUAGAUCCAAGCCAGAGGGAGACGAUGACAUCAGUGAUGAUGAAAAUUCAGAUGAUGAUGUUGAUGACACUAUGGCUGCUGUGUUUAUCAGUCAAGGAACAGCUCGUCAUAAGCUGGAGUUUUUCAUGGGUGAACGAUUCCUGCCAUACAACAUGACAGUGUACCAGGCUGUCAAAAACUACAGUAAUCCAGGCGAAACCAGUGAAACGGACACAGAGGCUGAAAGUCCGCUCGGACACGCCAAUAUCUGGGUCCAGACCCACACCAUAUGGUACCGUCCGGCCUCCGAUAGUGAGGAAGCUUCAGCAACAAGUCCAAAGAAAACCAAGGGAGAAAGCAAAUCUCAGAAGACGGUCAGGAGGAAGACGGAUGAAUUGUGGAAUGAUGGUCACUGCCCUGUGAUGGUUCCUGCCUUGAACGCUUACUUGACUGACAAACUUCCUGCUUUUGUGACCGUGCAGGACGCCUCACUGGACGUGAUAGCUUUAUUGCGGAUCCUGCAUGCCUUCAACCGAUACUGGUCAACCAUGUAUGAGGUGCCUUGUCCAGUGAACCCAAUACUGCCCUACACAGAAUUUCAGAGUUCAAAAUUAACAGCAAAAGCCAACCGUCAGCUGCAAGAUCCACUGGUCAUCAUGACUGGGAACUUACCGAACUGGCUGGCUGAAAUCUCCACAGCAGGCCCUUUCCUGUUUCCGUUUGACACUCGUCAAUUGUUGUUCUAUGCUACCACUUUUGAUCGAGAUCGUGCUCUGAUGAGGCUGCAGGAUAACACCGGAGAUAAUGGACCUACAGACAGUACGGACAGAGUGGCUCCCAGACUGGACAGGAGAAGGAAACAAGUGAGCCGGAUAGACCUGUUAAAACAGGCAGAGAAAGUCAUGGAGGACAUAGGAAACUCGAGGGCUCUGCUGGAAAUUCAGUAUGAAAAUGAGGUGGGAACUGGGUUGGGUCCCACUCUGGAGUUUUAUGCUUUGGUAUCCAAGGAGGUACAGAAGAGUGACCUUGACCUGUGGAGAGGAGAGGCCAUCAAGGAAAAAAAUGCAUCAGGUGAGGAUGACGAGAUCCUGUAUUGUUAUUCCCCUUGUGGCUUGUUUCCUGCUCCUCUACCUCGCAAUGCUAAAGCUGCAGUUAUCAACAAGGUCAAGGCUAAAUUCAAGUUUCUAGGAAAGUUUAUGGCCAAAGCUCUGAUGGACUCCAGAAUGCUGGAUAUUCCUCUCAGUUUAGUUUUCUACAAAUGGCUGUUGGGACAGGAACACAGUCUGACCUCCAGUGACCUUCAGCACCUUGACCCAGUGAUUGCCAAAUCAUUCCAGCAACUAGAGGAUGUGUUACACCAGAAACAGAGAAUACUUAGCGACAAAUCACAUACUGAGGAGAGCCGUCAAUUGGCAUUAGAAAGUUUGACCAUGGAUGGCUGUAGUGUAGAAGAUCUGGACAUUAACUUUACAUUACCUGGUUAUCCCAGCAUAGAGCUGAAAAAAGGAGGGCAUGAUAUCACCGUCUGUCUGGAGAAUCUAGAGGAAUACCUACAGUUGGUGGUUCAUUGGAGCCUAGUGGAAGGCGUGUCUCGUCAAUUUGAGGCCUUCAGGGAGGGAUUUGAGGAGAUAUUCCCUCUGUCCACGUUACAGAGCUUCUACCCAGAGGAGUUAGAGCAGCUAUUCUGCGGAAGUAAGAAGGAGGUUUGGGACGUGAAGAUGUUAAUGGAAUGUUGUCGGCCUGACCACGGUUAUACACAUGAUAGUCGGGCUGUCAAUUUCCUGUUUGAGAUUCUCAGUUGCUAUGAGGAAACGGAACAAAGGCAGUUCCUACAAUUUGUCACUGGAUCGCCACGAUUGCCCGUCGGAGGCUUCAGAAGCUUAAAUCCACCUUUGACGAUCGUAAGAAAAUCAUUCGAAGGAUCAGAGAAUCCCGACCAUUUCUUACCCUCGGUGAUGACAUGUGUGAACUAUCUCAAAUUACCAGAUUAUUCUACCGUGGACAUGAUGAGAGAAAAGUUAGGGGUGGCUGCCAAGGAAGGACAGCUCUCUUUCCACCUGUCAUAGGAAGAACUCGGGGAUGUUUGUUUUUUUAAAUACCCUAAGUGGAAAAUGUGGAUUAAAAUGUAUUGGAAAGGGAAAGUGUAGUUAGAUUAUGUGCAUAGUCGUGUUGGAUGUACACAAGAUUCUUCAAAAAGUAGGAGCUUACCGAUAGACUGGAAUGCAAGGAGAUACAAAAAUGCUGCCAUGAGCUGUGAACAUGAAAUAAAUAAAACUCCUCAAGAUCAAUUGCAUUUAAACUGGUUGUGUGCUUUUUUUUGGUUCAUUUUUUUUAACAAGAUACAUGUAUAAAGAGAUUGUGUAUGGACAACUUCGGUUUUGUAAUAUUUGUGUUUCUGUUGAUGAGGCCAGCAGGACAAAGCCAUUCAUUGUAUGGAAGUAUCUGUCGAUGAUAUAUAUUUUUUGUUUAUUGAAAUAAAUCUUGGCGUUUUAUUCACAAAAAAA